UCUUUGACCUCUGUGAUGCUGUCAAGGCCCAAAAACACACUAAGAACCUUGGGUCAAUAGCCUAGCAAGCUCCUCAUGCCAUUCGUUCCUUGCCAGAUCUUUCAGAAACAAUGCCUGCCAUCCUCCCUUGUUGACCCUUGCUGGCAUCAUUGCAUCAGGAAUGGAGCCAAGUCACCUGCCAGGCUGCACAUUUCAAGAAUCUGAAGUGGUCCACCCUAUGCCUUCAUUGAGGGGGAGGUGGGGCCCCAUAGCAGGAGCGGUCACGUAGAGAGUGGCUCACAAAUGCAAAUGAGGAAUCAGGCAGAGUAUAAAAGGCUCUGGAACCGAGUGUUCCUCACACAGCUCAGCUAGCUUCUCUUCUUGCUUAUCCCUCUUGGUGAUCCAGCUCUUCAUCCCCUGCUACUGAGAAGAUGUCUUACCAGAAGACCCAGCCCACACCCCAGCCCCCAGUAGGCUGUGUCAAGGUCUCCCGCGGCGGCGGCGGCGGCGGCGGCGGCGGCGGCAGCGGCUCAGGCGGCGGCGGAUCCGGCUGCGGCGGCGGUAGCAGCGGCGGUGGCGGCGGUGGCGGCGGCGGCUACUGCUACUCCAGCGGCGGCGGCUCAGGUGGCGGUGGCUCCGGCUGCGGCGGCGGUAGCGGCGGCGGUGGCAGCGGCGGCUACUGCUACACCAGCGGCGGUAGCUCAGGCGGCGGAGGAUCCAGCUGUGGGGGAGGUAGCAGCGGGGGCGGCAGCGGCGGCGGCAGCGGCGGCUACUGCUAUACCAGCGGCGGCGGCGGCUCCGGCAGUGGCGGUGGCUCCUCCUACUAUCCCAGCCAACAGAAGUACUCGGGCAGCAGCGGCGGCGGCGGCGGCGGCGGCGGCGGCUCCGGGGGCAGCGGGGGCGGCUACAGCUGCGGAGGCGGUUCCGGGGGCGGCUCUAGCGGCGGCUCCAGCUGCGGAGGCUACUCCGGCGGCGGCGGCGGCUCCGGGGGCAGCGGGGGCGGCUACAGCUGCGGAGGCGGUUCCGGGGGCGGCUCUAGCGGCGGCUCCAGCUGCGGAGGCUACUCCGGCGGCGGCGGCUCGGGCUGCGGCGGAGGCUACUCCGGGGGUGGCGGGGGUGGCUCCAGCUGCGGAGGCGGCUCCGGGGGCGGCUCUAGCGGCGGCUACUACUCCGGCGGCGGCGGCGGCUCCAGCGGCGGCGGCUACUCUUCUCAGCAGUGCGUCCAAGCUCCAUCACAGCAGAGCAGCGGAGGGGGAUCAUACGGAGGCGGCUCCAGCGGCGGCGGCUCCGGAGGCGGCUCCGGCGGUGGCAGUUGCUACCCCACCGGCGGGGGCGGCUCCAGCGGCGUCGGCUGCUUCCCCAGCGGCGGCGGCUCCAGCGGCGUCGGCUGCUUCCCCAGCGGCGGCGGCUCCAGCGGCGUCGUCUGUUUCCCCAGCGGCGGCGGCUCCGGCGGCGGCGGCUCCUCCGGCUGCGGCGGCGGCUCCAGCGGCGGGGGUGGCUCCGGGGGGAGUGGCGGAGGCUCCUCCGGGGGUGGCAAGGGAGUGCCCGUGGCCCACCAGACCCAGCAGAAGCAGGCACCUUGCUGGCCAACCAAGUAAACCAUCCUGCCCGGCACCCAGAGGAAUGAGCAAAAAGUUUGUUCUGGCUGCGGCCUAUAGGUUUACAAUUCUCAUGAUAUUGCCUUAAGUUUCACCAAAUGCCUUCAAUUCUUCCUCAGCCUCUAAAACGAAGGGGUCUCCUUUCAGCUGCCCCUUAACCUCGAUGGCAGUUCCAACUCCUGUGUCUUGUUCUCCGGAAUAUUUCACCCGACUGGGAAAUGGCAUCAUCCCAUCUACAGACCCCCUCUUCACCCUAGCUCUGUACCACCAUCUUCCUAUUUUGCCCUAAGCCAAUAAACUUGCAAUUCAUGAGAA